GGCAGGCACUCCGCACACACGGCCGGCUGCUGAAGCGGGAGCAGCUGUGAGGGCUCCCCGGGGAUUGGAGGGGCGCAGGUUGGGGGGGAGAGCGAAGCAGGGAGCCCUGGUUUUCUCUUCUGUCCGGGGGAGAACAUGCUGGUUGCAAACUGGUUGGCGGGGCUGAUCUGUCAUCUUUGCUUUCUGCACACUCGGUCCUUGGAAUACCGGCUUCAUCCCAAGCAAGCUAAUUUUGUGAAAACCCUUUCUUCAUAUGAAAUUGUCAUACCUUCUCGAGUAAAUGACCUUGGAGAAGCCUUCACACUUAACCAGCAUUUCAGAAGAAGGAAAAGAAGCACAGACCUUCAAUCUUCACAGAGACAUGUUAACAAAACAUAUUAUUACUUUUCUGCCUAUGGACAGCACUUCCAUUUUAACCUUACCAUCGAUGCAAACUUUAUUUCCGACUCUUACAGUGUUGUCCAUAUUGGAAAACCACGUUAUGGCCACCUUGACUCAUCAGACCUCAAGCAUUGUUUUUACAGUGGGCACGUCAAUGGUUUGGAGGAACAUUCAGCUAUCCUGAGUCUUUGUGGUGGAAUGAUUGGCACUUUCAAAGCACAUGAUGGGGAGUAUUUUCUAGAACCAUUGAUGAAAUAUGACGGCAAAGAACAUGAAGAUGAGCACAGCAAACCACAUCUUCUCUACAAAAAGCAACAAAAGUCGGGGGAGCCUUUUGGAAAGGCAGAUCUGAACUGUGAGACUGCAGACUCCGACAUGAAGAAAGAUGUGGUGCCUGUUCAUGUUUCAAAUAACGUUGGACAAGAUAUUGCCAUGUUUUCAAAUUUGGAACUUUCUCCAUCUUUAAUACUUCAAAAUGCCACAAAAGAUGAGGUUGCAAACGGGAUGCACAUAAGAAGAAAGCGCUUUAUAUCUUAUCCCAGAUAUGUGGAACUUAUGGUCACAGCAGAUGCAAAAAUGGUGCGACAUCAUGGCCGAAACCUACAGCACUACAUUUUAACUCUGAUGUCAAUAGUUGCUGCUAUUUAUAAAGAUCCAAGCAUUGGGAAUCUCAUUCAUAUCUUGAUUGUAAAGCUUAUAGUAAUUCACAGUGAACAGGACGGACCAGUAAUUACCUUUAACGCAGCUACAACUCUUCACAACUUUUGUGUUUGGCAAAGAACACAAAAUAUUCCUGAUGAUUCUCACCCCUCUCAUUAUGAUACAGCUGUCCUCCUUACUAGAGAAGACAUUUGCAGAGCCAGUAAUAAAUGUGAUACUUUAGGGUUAGCUGAAUUAGGAACAAUGUGCGACCCUCACCGCAGCUGCUCUAUCAGUGAAGAAAAUGGUUUAGGUGCUGCAUUCACUAUAGCUCAUGAACUUGGGCAUGUCUUUAAUAUGCCGCAUGAUGAUAGUUCAAAAUGCAAAGAAAUAGGAAUUAAAAAUGAAUUUCAUGUGAUGUCUGCGGUCUUAAGUCAUGAUACAAGCCCAUGGACAUGGUCUAAAUGCAGCCAGAAAUAUGUUACCGAGUUCCUAGAUACAGGCUAUGGGGAAUGUCUGCUUGAUAAGCCCAGUGGACGGGUUUAUGAAUUUUCACAUCAGUUACCUGGUGUAGUUUACGAUGCUAAUAAGCAAUGUGAACUGAUAUUUGGCAGCGGCUCACAAGUAUGCCCCUAUAUGAAACAGUGCAAGAGACUAUGGUGUACCAGUACUGAAGGAAUGCAUAAAGGAUGUUUUACACAACACAUGCCUUUGGCGGAUGGAAGUGACUGUGGACAUGGAAGGCAUUGUCGCAGUGGCCUUUGUGUUGACAGAGUUGAUGCUCGUUCUAUUGAUGGUGAAUGGGGACCUUGGGAGCCAUAUAGUUCAUGUUCAAGAACCUGCGGUGGUGGAAUUAAAACAUCCUCUAGAAGCUGCAAUCAACCUGA